AUGUCAAAUGUACUUAAACAAUUCUUAGCUGUCGAUAAAGAACAGGAAUUAUUGCAAAGCUUUGUUGGAGUGCAGGUCGAUGAAGAGCCACCAUAUGAAGAUGAAAAGCGCAGUAAGCGAAGAACUUCAUCGCCUUUUAAGCUUAAAACACGCGAUGGCCGUGGAUUAAUGGGUAAAACGGCUGCAAAGCAAGGUGAUGGUGGAGAGUUAGAAAAGAGUACUGUGACACGUGGUAAUCGCAUAGAAGCAGAACUUCGUGCAAUGCGAAAACAUAUGGAUGAUCAAUUACUGAAGAAGAAGAAACCGAAAGAAAAUUUUAUCGACUUCUACACGGAUAAGGAUCGAGCAGCUGCUGUUAGCGCUGGUGCUUUCGAUAUAAAACAAAGUUUACAAAUUAAACAAAAACAGGAUCGUAAUGAGGCAAUGAUUAUACCUGAUGAAGCAGAUAUAAAUUCUAUAAUCGCACUAGGUUUAAAAGAAAUAAAAAAUGCUAAUCCUGAAAAUGCUAUACAUUUUUUCACAAAGGCACUGGAACUCAAUAACACUGACAUGAAUGCACUCAUCUCACGUAGCAAAUGUUACUUAUUAUUGGGUGAAGCCUCUAAAGCACUGUGUGAUGCUGAAACUGCACUAACUGAAGAGAAAAACAAUAUACGUGCAAUAUACCAAAAGGCUGAGGCUCUUUAUUAUCUUGGCCAAUUCGAACAGAGUUUAAUGUUUUUUCAUCGCGGUUUACGUGCACGACCAGAAUUGGAUACAUUUCGUUUAGGAGUACAAAAAACUCAAGAAGCAAUAGAAAAUACUAUUGGAAGUGUUGACCGUGGUGCUAGUGUUAAACCACUACCAAAGGUGAAGCUAAAAAAAUCGGGUGACAAUACACCAAAAUCCUCACAGUUGAACAGUUGUCGACCAACACGUCCUAAACCAACAAAAGCCGAACUAGAACGAAGAAAUGCUAGAAAGCUAUUAGGUGAGCUAUGCAUUGAUAAAGAAUAUUUGGAAAAUCUACUGAAACAUCCAGAUCUAGUGCGUGCCGAUACUAACACUGAAAAUAUAUCAGCUUAUGCUAAAGAAGCAGUGGAGUUUCUUAAUAAACGUCAGGAGUUUUGGCGUCAACAACGACCGUGCACUGCAUUACAAAACCGCAAGAAUUUUCCUUUAGAUACCUUGCCCAAAGGUUUCUAA